AUGAGCCUACCGGAGACACCAGCAGGUCACGACGCGGAGGUGCGUGAAGCUCAAGGUCACUGUGUGAGCGGGGCAGAACCCCUCCUGAUCAACCAAUCCGACUUUAUUGAAGGCCCGCCUCUGAUGAAUCAAUCAAAGGGUCUGAAACCGUCUUUUUGCAAAGCCAAUGGUCAAUGGCACAUUCUAAAAGACAACAUAUGCGAGUGUCUGCCAGGUUUUGAGGCCUCAGUGGAGGAGAAUUCGUGCACCAGUAAGCUGACUUUCUUUCCGUGA